AUGGUUUCGUUCUUGGUGUUUUGUGUACUAAUCGGGUCGACCGUUGGAUAUUUUGAUAAGGGUUCGCCACCACAAUGGAGUCCUGUCUACACAGUGAAGGGCCUGCUCAACAUUCCUUAUGCGGAACUGAGAGAACCCUUCUACACAUGGUAUGACAGCAACGCGGGUAAAUCCCGUAUUGACUACUAUGGCGGUAUGGUCAAGACUUACCAGCUGUCUGCGGGGGCGUAUAAACCUUUUGGAACAUCUGUAAAGGUAGCUCCAGUGACAACUGAGUCGGUUCUGAACCAACAAACAUGUUUACAAGUGAAUGGUUCUUCAGAUAACUCGGUAAACAUUCAAACUGUUUUACCUGAUAUGACUGACUUCAGGUAUAUAGGCCCAGACUCCAUGAUGGAUACGGAUACAGCCAAAUGGCAGAUGGUGCAGACAAUAGGGAACAAAAUAAACAAAUACUCCAUGUGGGUCAAGUACAAGAUGUCAUUGAGAGGAGAGUCCAUACCCAUACCGGUCAGAUACGAGAUGAAAGGUUACAACAGUCUGUUGGGGUCCCACUACGAUCAUUACUAUAUGGACUACACAGAUUACGACAUCGAAGACAUUGAUUCGUCCGUUUUUAACAUAGAUGAAAACAUGAAGUGCUCAUCGUUCCCGGGCCCCGGCGACCGUCACUACGCUACGUUUAACCCAAUGAUGGAGUUCAUGCACCCGGCCAGAGACGACCAUAUCCACCAUGAAUUUGACAGAUUCAAGAAUAAACAUACCAAGCAAUACUCCAGUGACCUUGAACAUGAGAGACGUUUGAAUGUUUUCAGACAAAAUCUUAGAUUCAUCUACUCCCACAACCGCGCCCGCCGCACGUUCCGCGUGGCUGUAAACCACCUCGCCGACAGGACCGACGAGGAGCUCUCCGCGCUCAGGGGCAGGAGGUACUCCGGACCUAACAAUGGUCUGCCGUUCCCCUACAGUGAAAGCUUAAUUAGAUCUGAGAGUGACAAGGUACCGACAGAGUACGACUGGAGGUUGUUCGGUGCUGUGAGCCCGGUCAAAGAUCAGUCGGUGUGCGGGUCGUGCUGGUCGUUCGGCUCGACGGGCGCGGUGGAGGGCGCGCUGUUCCUGCACAACGGGAACACCCUCGUGCGCCUCAGCGAACAGGCGCUCGUCGACUGCUCCUGGGGCUUCGGUAACAACGGAUGUGACGGCGGCGAGGACUUCAGGAGUUACCAGUGGGUCAUGAAGCAUGGCAUUCCCUCCGACGAGGAGUACGGAGGCUAUUUGGGACAGGAUGGUUAUUGUCACAUCGAUAACGUGACAGCUGUAACUAAAAUCAAGGGCUGGGUCAAUGUUACCACCAACAACGAAAAUGCACUCAGGUUGGCGAUCUUCAAGCACGGCCCCAUAUCUGUAGCCAUCGAUGCGGCCCACAAGAGUUUCAGUUUCUACUCCAACGGUGUAUACUACGAGCCGCAAUGUCACAACAAGAUUGACGAACUAGACCACGCAGUUCUGGCCGUCGGUUACGGCAUCCUCAAAGGCCAGAAGUACUGGCUGGUGAAGAACUCCUGGUCCAACAUGUGGGGCAACGACGGAUACGUGCUCAUGUCCACCAAGGACAAUAACUGCGGUGUUCAGACAGCUCCCACUUAUGUCCUUAUUUAG